AUUUCUUUCUUUUCGAAAAAAAAAAGAGCCAUUUAAAGAAUAUAUAAACAAGAUUUUUCAUAUAACAAAAAAACCAAAAAAAAAAACCAAAAAAAAACGACCCUUCUUACAAAAAUAAAAAAAAAACUAAAAAAAAACAACCACAUCCUUCAUCGAAACUAUAUCAUAUAUCCUUCAACAAACCUCUUUCAUUUAAAAAAAAAACCAAAAAAAAAAAACCAUUUUUAGUGUUGAAAAAAAAUUUUUUUCCCUUUACUUACUAUAACAAACAACAACAGCAAUAUCUCGAACCAACCUCUUUUUAACAAUGUCUACUCGCACUGCAUCUGUAAAAAAGCUCAAUAACAAUAACAAUAGGUCUUUUCCCAAGUUGAAUAACAACAACAGUAAUAAGCAUUAUUUCAACAACAGCAACAGCAAUAGCAACAGCAAGCCUGUUCCUACUGUAGCAAAAAAUAACAACAAUUUUCAUCGUCAGCAAGCGUAUCAAAAGAAAAAGAACAAUCAUCGCCAUCCACAGCAAGAACAACAACAAGCUGAAAACAUUCCAAAGAACAACAACCGUCGUCAGCAUAAAAAGAAGAAUGCUCGUCAUCAGAAUACCGCUGCUGUUUCCGAAGAUAAUACCUCUUCUUCCUCAUCGGAAGAGGAAGAAGGACCUUUGACUCCUCCUCCUCCUCCUGCGAUUCCUACUCAUCUUGUUACUAAAACGACUCCAUCCUCAACUACCAUGACGCCUCCUGUAAAGCAUUCUCAUUAUCAGAAAUCCAUGAAAAGGUAAGGAAAAUGAAUGAAUGAAUAUUGCAGAAAUUAGCUUCCCUUUGACUGACGGUUGUGGUUAAAUGUGUCAUAGUUUGGGAGAUCAAGUUUAUGCUGGUCCGACAUUUAGUAAUGCACCGGCACCCAGUGUCAUUCCUCUUCCUCCCACUUUUGGUAGUGGCAAGUCACCUCGUGGUUCUCCUACGCACCCUAAUGCCUCUGUUGUUCCCACUCCGUUGAAUGAUUCCCCUUCUCCCUCUGUCUUUGUCCAUCCUCCUCCUCCUCCUCCUCCUCAUAUGUUCCGACAUCAACCACCACCUUGCCCUUACCCUUAUCCUUCCAUGUCUCCUCAACCACA